AUGAGCAUCAACCCUGAUGAAGCAGUGGCUUAUGGUGCAGCUGUCCAGGCAGCUAUGUUAAAUGUCAAGUAUGUUCCAACCUUAAAGUUGCGAGAUGUCAUACCCUUGUCUCUUGGUACAUCAGAAAAAGGAGAUAUCAUGGAUAUCAUGAUUCCUAGGAACACUUCCAUUCCUAUCACUAAGAAGAAAACAUAUUUUACAGAUGUAGAUAACCAAAGUAGAGUUUCAAUUAAGGUUUAUGAGGGUGAGAGAAUAAUAGCUAGUGAGAACAACUUGCUUGGUGUGUUUUCUCUCUCACUUCCUUUUGCACCACGCGGUCUUCCUAUCCAAGUAUACUUUGCAAUAGAUGCAGAUGGUAUAUUAAACUUGUCUGCAGAGGAAGAAACCAGUGGUAAUAAGAAAAAUAUUACAAUAACUAAUGAAACAGAAAGCCUAUCAACUGAAGAACCUGAGAGAAUGAUUCAAGAAGCUGAGAAUUUUAAGGCUGAAGAGAAGAAACUUGAGGAGAAAGUUAAAGCAAUAAAUGAUUUGAAUGAUUAUCUUUGCCAUGUGACGAAAGUAAUUGCUGAUAAUGAUGUUAAUUCUUUGAUUUCCCCUGUUGACAAAUUGAAGAUCUAUAUUGCAGUUGUGAAAGGCCAAAAUUUGCUGGAUGGCAAAAAGGACGAAGAAACACAUGUCUUUGUGGAUUUUCUAAAGGAAUUUCAGAGCAUGAUUGAUUCUGCUUUGUACAAGAUCACUAGUGGAGUUUGA